GACUACCCAGGUCACGGCUUCUCCCCCAACAUGAAGCUGGAGGCCGUGGACCUGAUGGAGCCACGGCUCCUGUGCGUCGCCACCGUGAAGCGCUGUGUCGGCCGCCUUCUCCUCAUCCACUUUGACGGCUGGGAGGAUGAGUUUGACCAGUGGGUUGACCACCAGUCUCCAGACAUCUACCCAGUUGGCUGGUGUGAGCUCAUGGGCUACCAGCUCCAGUCACCUCCUGGAGUCGCUGACUUAAUUGAAAAGCAGCUGGUGCGGAACAAGAAAUGCCGGCGCUUUUCUUUCGGGAGAAAGAAAAAGAAGCACACAAAAAAGAGGCUUUCACAGGACCAAGCUCAAGACGGUGCUGAUCAACACACCGAAAGUCCUCAAAGCACUCCUCCAAAAGUGCCACUCAUCCAGCCCAAGACUGAGCCAGAGGAGCAGGAGAUCGUUGCAGUGAAGGUGAAAGUGGAGGAAAUGGAAACGGAGACCCCCAUUAGGCCACCGGACAACUUUCAGCAAGACUCUGUGUGCAUAAUCAAACAAGAAGAGGGAGGGCAAAGCAGCUUGGAUAAUGUAGAACAGGAGAAGACGGAGCAAAGUAAAACUAAAGACGUGGCCGAAGACGAUGCAUCACUUGAAGACCGGUGUACCGGUGAUAGCAACACUGAUCAGAGUGAAAAUGAAAGAAUGGACAAAGAGGAGUUGAGCCAAGAAGACGACAGUACCAUGGAUGAAUCAUAGAGAAUAAAAGAACCAAUAUAGCUGAAUCACUCCAAUGAAAAAAGAAUUAAACAAAUAAAUAAAAAGACUUUAUCAAAAAGAUUUUGACUCUGAAAGUUUUCCUGGGUUGUAAUGAAGUUUUUUUUUAAUGUUUUAUAUCCAGAUAGAUCCUUUUGUAAAUAUACAGUCAAUUGCAGUAUUUUUAAAAAUAUAUUAUCUAAAUGUGAUUUGAUUUUCAACUUUGAGUAUGUUGUGAGCCUACAGUGAAGGUUAACUACCCUCAACUGCAGGCUCGGUAAAGCAAUGCUUUAUUCUUUUUUUUUUCUUAUUUUCCAUCAUACAUGUACUAUUAAAUAUAAAAGGCCAAAACAACAAUCGGGUACAUUCCUAAAAACAAUGUCUUUACUGGCCACCUCAGCAACACCGAAAGAUACCUGAAGGAGAAUUGGAGAAUUCUUUCACUGGUUAGGAAAAACUACUUCAUAACAUCUAACCUAGCCAAGAAUCCUUCUACCAUCAACAGAUAUCCUCACGAAUAAAAAUACAAAAUGCUGUCCAAAUAAUUUGUCAAAAGCAAGAACAGAUUAGACCAGGGGUGGGGAACUCGAGGGCCGAUGUCCUGCAGGUUUUAGACCUCACCCUGGGUCAACA